CCUCACCUCGCCAUCAAUGGAGUACGCAUCCGUCGCUCUGGCUUGUUGACACUCACGAUUGUCUCUCAAAGCGUCACAACGCGCACGAGUCGAGUCAGCUCACCACUCCGCGCGGCGACUGGCUGCGUGUCUGACGCAACAUCGCUGCGAUUCAUUGAAGCACAUACUUGACAGGUUGUCAGGACUUUGUGCCUCGGCGUCUUCCAUACUCUAGACAAUGACGUCGCCUGCGAGCCCUGCCCCGGUGUUGCUGCUCGGCAUAGGUGGCGCAACCUCCUCGGGCAAGUCGACACUAGCUGCGCAUCUGAGCUCUCUGCUCAACCAUGCAUACGAACAGCAAACGCUCGUCGAUGGGACGCUUGGACGUGAUGGUAGCGAGGCCCGGGUGCAGGUAGUGGGGCAGGACGACUUUGCUCUUCCCGAAGAGGAACUGGGGUUCGAUGAGAGAAUCGACGGCAAGGACUGGGAUGAUCCCGAUCAGUGUAUCGACUAUGCCCGAUUCGCAACGGCUCUGGAACAAUUAAAAUCGGGCGGCACACCUCCCGUCUCACCCAAAGAGGUGUCAACAUUGCCUGAAGUGACAACCUCGAUGCCCUCCUCUUCUUCUCAAACCGUGCAGCGCAUUCUAGAGCUCUUGCAGCGCUUAAGUAAUCCAAAGAUCUUUUUGGUGGAUGGAUUCUUGCUAUACUAUGAUUCGCGUGUGACUAGCACGCUGGAUGUGAGACUGUUCUUGAGGGCUUCGGAAGAGGAUGUGAGGAGUAGACGAGAGGGAAGGGUGUAUCACACAGCAGAGGGCACAACGUGGAGCGACCCGCCAAACUACUUUGACCUGAUUCUUUGGCCAUCUUACGUCAAAGCGCACCAGAAUCUGUUCGAGCAGAGAGAUGUCGAGCGAGGUGCGCUGGUCAAAGCUUCGUCUAAUGCCUCAGAGAUGCAGUCAGGCGGUCCAGUGAGCGGCUUACGACUGCUCGAGACAAGACACCAAAGCUUGGAAGAUGUGGUGCAGAAUGCGUGCCAGCUCAUCCUAGAGGAGCUGCAACAGAUUGCCGCCAAGCAGUCUUGUUCGAGGUAGCGAGCCCACCUGCGUUUCCCGACCAGUGCGACGGCCGAUGCUCGGCUUCCGUAGAAGGCAGACGAGAUACACUGCGAUAGACAGCAUCGUCGGACACCGAUAUAUACGUACAGAUUGGAAGAGCAUCAUACAAGCCAGAGAAAGUGC